CACCAGACCACUGUACAGGCAACAACUGAACGUCAGCAGGCCCAGGAUCAGCUGGAGGCAAUGAGGAGUCAGUAUCGCGGGACAGUUGGCCAAGCCGACAAGGACAGGACUAAUGUGUUCCAGCUGCAGGCAGAGAUAGAGAACCUAUUGCAGCAUCUCUGCUACAUGCAGGAUGUCAAUGCAGACCUGCUCUCUCACGUACGUGUCAUGAAGAACGCAACACGUAAAGCGGAUGCUGAGAAAACAAAGGCUGAAGAACAAAAAAACCAGCAGGACUUGUAUGUGGAGCGUCUGACAAAGGACUUGGAGAGACUGACGGAGAAGAUGGCAGUGUAUGAGGCCCAGGCCAGCACCCAAGCAAAAGAGACACAGGCUGCCAAAGAAGUCCUCUCUGAGGUAGCUAAAGCAUGACAAUACAUGAUUGAAGUCUUUGACUGUAAUCCACAAGUCCAAUGAAUGUGAAGGAGAUUGUUGUGGUGACAUCAAGCAUCUUUCCAUUCAAAUGCCAAGCAAAUCCUUUGCCAAAUUUUUGAAAAGGAGAAAAAUAACAAAGUGCCAAUCAG